GCUCUCACUGACAUCACUUGACACCAUCCUGCUUCUUUAAGGAAAGAGAGAAGAAAUUCAACAAAGCUGUCCGUGCUGUUUUGCUGACAUACACAGAGCCACUCUAUGUUCAUUUUCCUUAGGAAUUAACACUUGGGAAAGAGUUAUCACAAACAAACUUGUGGAAGUCUGAAGGGAAAACCAGCUGUUCUGAGGUCUCUGUCAUUGUAGUACUUCGAGAUGAACAAAAAAGCCCAAUUCACUGAAUGCAGCCCUUGUGCUUUGGAUUGCCUCAGAGUUCCAGGAUUUUUUGCACCAAAAAAGGAGAGAUGAAGCACUGUGCCUUUUGAUAUUUAUUUUUGCUGUUUUCACCACUGGAGGAUGGCUGCCAGACGCUGUGAAAAUGGUUCUGGUCAGUACCACUGCACCCACACCAGCCAACCUCUUGAUAUCAACUACAUGUUAGUCCUGAUUAUGCUUGGAAAAGUCUUCCUUGAUUUCUUCAUGUUGCAAGCUAAGCCAAAACCCAUGAAAACCAGUUUUAUGGCAUGCUUUUGCAUUUCAGUGGCACUUCUUGAUUUCACACUGCUGCUGAGUAUCUGCUUCAUUUUCUGUUUUGAGGACUUUGCACUGUGGGGCACACGAUUCACAAAGUACCACAUCUGCCUCCUCACUCAGAUCACUUCUCUGACCUACGGAAUUUUGCAUUACCCAGUGUAUCUUGUGGCUGCUCUGGAUUAUUACACCACCGUCUCCCAAACAUCUCAGUUCCCUAAAAGAGCUCGGAAGUUACUUUAUGUCUUUGCUGUGGCAGUGAUAUGGAUUUCAGGGUUUUUUUCCACUCUUGAAGCUCCUGCUGUCGCCGAAGAGCCAGAAAUGCAGAACAGUGUUUCCCCUUCGCAGUGCCCUCUCUCUGGCAGCUUGCAGAGCUACUCAGUGUCGUGUGCCAUGGUGCUGCUGCUGGGCACGGCUCUCCUGGCUCGCUGGAAGGAGGUGACGACCAUGCUGCUGUCUGCCAGGCUCCUCUCCUUUUCCAGCCAGCCUGUUCUGAUGUUCUCCUACGUGCCUAACAACACCACCACUUGCUUUAAGUGGCAGCUCCUGAGCAGGCUCCUCCUGUGUUUCCUUGGCACUUGGGCACCGUUUGUUGUUCUCCAGGCCGUGGUUCUGCUGCUGGGUGUGCAGAUCCCGGCCUACGUGGAGAUGAACGUGCCCUGGUUGUACUUCAUCAACAGCUUCCUCCUGGCAGCAGCCUACUGGUGUCGGUGCCACGACGUGGAGCUGACAGAGGAGGGGUGGUGCACAGACCCAUUUGUCAGCUGGAAAUUUUGCUUUAUGCCAUUCAACAAUGAAAGCACAGAGCCAGCUGAUAAGCCAGACACAGGAAUCGUCAUCUGUUAAUGAGCUGCCGACUGAAAAGGCUGCAAAUAAGCAGAACUCUGAUGUUCUGUGGCUGGGUCCUUACGGACAACACAAGGAAACAUCUCCAGUGUCCAGCAAUACUGUAGUGAAUAUUGCACUGGAGUGCAGGACACCGAGGCCCAGUGAGCAGCAAGCACUGCCAACCCAGGGAAUUCAACUUCAAAUUACAUGUUUAAAAGACCACUGCUUAUAUAGGACAAGGUUCCAGUUAAACCUCAUGUUCCUCACUAGAAUUUUACACUUCCUUUAAAUGGAAUUACCUCAGGUUUUACAGUACAAAAUGCAAUAAAGUCUUCAAGGCUGGAGUUACAUACA